AUGGCUCCUACUAUCAUACCAAUUCGCCACGCAGAAGCUUUACAUAGUGAAUCUACGAGCCUACCUAAAUUCAGAAAUUAUGGACAGUACUAAUCCCGUAUAGAUGUCACGAAUAAGUACUUUCUGACCAUCAACCAUUCAAGUCUAACCAGAAGCACAAAAUUACACAGUAAAAGAUCCUCCACUCACGCGGAAAGGUCUAGAGAUUGAAUGCCACGAUCUUUCUCAACACCUCGAAAAGCACGUGCCUCUCAUCCAGCAAGUCGAAUUAAUAGUCACUUCUCCCCUCAAGAGAACCCUUCAAACCACCGAGGCGGCACUAGAUUUCCUCAUCAAAAGAGGCAUUCCAGUAAUUCCCCUAGCAGAGCUUCAAGAAACAACAGAAAACCCCAUCGAUACCGGGAGUCCUCCCACAGAGCUCAAACAAGCAUGGCCCCAUUACGACUGGUCGAAAAUUGAUCCAAGAGACUCUUCUGCAAAGGGGAGCAGCCGCCCGAAAAUGGCUAGCGAAUCGUUCUGAGAAGGUUAUUGCUGUGGUUAGUCAUGCGAGCUUUUUGCGAUUUGGAUUAGGCAAUUGUAAAUUCGCAAAUGCAGAUUUUCGAAUUUUCGAGCUUGAGGAGACGGGCGAUAGUGCAAUGAAAGGCCCUGCUAUGGUUGAAUGGGAAAGUACGAAGGUUUUGGGGGGUGGGAUGGGAAGGAGUGUGGUGGGAUUUCAUGAGUGGGAGGUGCAUGACUUUAAAUAUAUGCCGGGAAAUGAAGGGAAGACAAGAGAGGAGUUGGAGAAGAUGGUUCUCGAAGCUCCAUUUAGAUAA